UUGCUCCUCACCCCCUUCCUUCUCUCCACGUCGCGCUUCCUUCUAGUUCUGUGCGUCUACAAACUUUUGAACACAAUACCAAAGCCUAAGCAAACAAGUCGUCCGGCUCCGCCUGCUGCUCCUGCUCAUCCCUGCGACUCGUCUACAGACGCGGACGCCAGACGGUGAUGCCUCUCGGCUUGUGAUUCCAGCGCACAAACUUGAAGGAGCCUCGCUCGCCGCCCUACUUGGCAACCGAUCCUUGCUUAGCAGCGAAUGACCAUGUGUAGCGGAGCGAGACUGGCCCUGCUAGUCUAUGGCAUAAUAAUGCACAGCAGCGUCUACUGCUCACCUGCCGCCGCCGGACUCCGGUUCCCUGGGAUCAGGCCCGAGGACGAGGCGUACGACGAGGACGGAGACCCGCUGCAGGACUUGUACGACUGGGCCCCGCCGGGCGCAGGGAGCCCCGCCUCUGCGCUGCAGGACGCCUACGCCCUCUACUUUCCGCCCGAGCGCAGAGAUGUCGCCCACGGGGUCCUGCACAAAGCCUACCGCAGAGUGUUGGAUCAGCUGUCGGCCAGGAAGUACCUGCAGUCCCUCGUGGCCAAGGGUGUGGGUGGGGACCUGGGCGGCGGCGCGGAGAAGGAUGACUCGGAGCCGCUCUCCAAGCGCCACUCGGACGGAAUCUUCACGGACAGCUACAGCCGCUACCGGAAACAAAUGGCUGUCAAGAAAUACUUGGCGGCAGUCCUGGGGAAAAGGUAUAAACAAAGGGUUAAAAACAAAGGACGCCGAAUAGCAUUUUUGUAGCGACGAGUUACCAGCUACCCCGUGUAUAGAACCCUGACACAAUGAAAAGUCGUUUUCCAAACUGACUGAACAGUCAUCGCUCGU